AAGGUCGACCCCCCCCCCACAAAAAGCGACAAGAUGCCGAUCUACAUCGCCGACCUGGAGGAACGAGCUCGAGACAUCCUUCCGAGAAGCGCAUGGAUGUUCCUCAAGAACGGGGCCUACCCGGAGAUGACUCUGCGGGACAACAGAGACGCCUUCCAGAGGUACAAGUUGAGGCCAAGAUGCCUGCGGAGAGACGUGACCGCACGAGACCUGACUGCGACGGUGCUGGGAAGGCAGGUCUCACUGCCGUUUGGCAUUGCUCCAACUGGAAUCAACAAAUUGAUCCAUCCCGAUGGCGAGAUUGCAACUGCAAAGGCUGCAGAAACCAUGGGAGCCCUGUACAUCCUGAGUACUUCAGCCAGCAUCCCCAUGGAAGAUGUUGCAACAAGUUCCCCAAAUGGAAUGAAAUGGUUCCAGCUGUAUGUCAUGGCAGCUCAAGACGCCACAGAAGCGCUGAUCCAUCGGGCUGAAAAUGCCGGGUAUCGAGCUCUGGUCGUCACGGUGGACACACCGAUACUAGGCAGACGCGAGAUCGAACUCAGGCAGCAAUUCUUCCUUCCUGAUGACAUCAGGAUGUGCCACUUUGAGAAGCCAGAUGCUUCAGGAGAGAGGAACCUAAACACCAGUGUGGCAGCAUUUAACCAGGGCCUUACAUGGCAGGAUCUCAAGUGGAUGAAAAAGGUCACCAAACUUCCACUGAUUUUGAAAGGUAUCAUGACCGCAGAAGAUGCACAACUGGCAGCUGAAAGCGGCAUAGCUGCUAUCAUUGUAUCAAACCACGGAGCAAGGCAGUUGGAUGGGGUGCCUGCAACUAUCGACGUGCUGCCCGAGAUCGUCCGAGCAGUGGAUGGACGCUGUGAAAUAUACUUUGAUGGUGGAAUUACUCAUGGAUCAGAUAUCUUCAAAGCCCUGGCACUGGGGGCUCAAAUGGUGUUUGUAGGCAAAGGGAUUCUCUAUGGCCUUGCAUGUGGUGGGCAGCAAGGUGUUGAAAAAGCACUGUCCAUACUCAGAGAUGAGCUCAGUAAUACAAUGGCACUCAUGGGUUGUUCCAGCAUCAAACAUAUUGAGAAAGACAUGGUCAUCCAUCAGUCACUUCUUCCUAAACUAUAGAACUUCAAUGAAAUUGACCAGCAUAUAAGAGUGGGUAAAUGAAAUACAAACCAUUGAGGACACUACGCAGAACUCC